CGAUCGGCGAAAGAGCGUGAGGAGGGCGAGCCGCAAAUCUGCAUCACUCCAUUAGACCACGACCAACAGAAUAAUGGAAACCACAUCAGAUCCAGCCGAUUUCUCCCCUCUCACAUUAAAAAGUAUCAUCGGAUUUAGUGGUUCUGUCCCUCAAGGCCACAUCAAGCACCCAGAUGGAAUUCAUACCAUUUACUCCCUGGGAUCCACAGUCGUGAUCAACGACAACCGUCGACUUCAUGCUCAAGAGUUUAUGCAGGGACAUACGAAUGCUGUGAGCUGUUUGGCGGUGGAUAAGAGGGGUAAAUUGAUUGCGAGUGGGCAGGUUACGCAUAUGGGAUUCCAGGCGGAUAUUAUUAUCUGGGAUUUCGAAAGCCGUACGCUCCUCCACCGGUUCAGUCUCCACAAGGUCAAAGUCCAAUCUCUCGCAUUUUCUCCAAAUUCCCUCUAUCUUGCCUCUUUGGGUGGUGAAGAUGACAAUAGUGUCAUUGUCUGGGACCUUCAAAAGGGCGCCGCCAUUUGCGGGGCACCCGCCUCAAAAGACUCAACAGGAGCCGCAAACUGUCUAGCUUACUUGAAUCAAGAUGAUACGUCGUUUGUAACUGGUGGGAAUGGGACAUUGCGUGUUUGGGAAUUGAAUGUUGCGCAGAGAAAGGUUCGACCUUCGGAUGUGCUUACGGGCCAGAUUAAGCGGGUGGUCAAGUGUGUUGUUGUGGAUGAAAAUGACGAGUACAUGUACUGUGGAACGACUACCGGAGACUUGCUGGAGGUUAAAGUUGCCACGAGGUUAUUUAAGCAGGCUGGACCACCAAAGGAAAAGGACCUCUUCAGCAUGGGUGUGCUCUCCAUCGCUCUCGCCCCCGCGCAUAACUGCGUAGUUGUUGGCUGUGGAGACGGUACCAUUGCUGCUCUUAAACUCCCUAAACUAAAUAUCAUCAAGCAAACAAAAGUCAGCGGAAGCGUCACAUCCCUUACGUUUGAUACACCGGCACAUCUGUAUGCGGGUACAUCCUACUCAAACAUUUACUACAUGUCCGUUCAGGAUUUUGAACCCAUUUUGAAGUCAACAUGCCACUAUUCUGCAGUAAAUGAUAUCGCAUUCCCAGAGGACUCGUCAGACGUCUUUGCUACAGCAUCUGACACCGAUAUCCGUAUUUGGAACGCACAUACCUCUCAAGAGCUGUUGCGAAUUGCGGUGCCUAAUUUAGAGUGCAAAUGCAUCACGUUCAAAAAGGAUGGUUCCAGCUUGAUUAGUGGCUGGAACGAUGGCAAGAUCCGAGCCUUUGGGCCCCAAACUGGCCGCCUUCAAUACGAAAUCACCGAUGCCCACAAAAAGGGUGUCACCGCUCUAGCAGUUACGUCUCCCACCAGCCCACAUUCCCCAGCCUUCCGCAUCGUCUCGGGUGGUUCAGAUGGUCAAAUCCGAAUCUGGUCGAUAACACCUACCCAUCAAACCCUUCUCGAAACCCUUAAAGAGCACAAGGGAACGAUUACGGCCAUCAAACUCCGUAAAAACAAUCUGGAAUGUGUAUCGAGUUCGGCGGAUGGCAGUUGCAUUGUGUGGGACUUGUUGCGCUUUGUGAGAAAUCAGGUUUUGUUUGCUCCGAGCUUUUUUAAGAGCGUUUGUUAUUACCCGGACGAGAGUCAAGUUUUGACCAGUGGGACAGAUCGCAAGGUAGCGUAUUGGGAAACCUACGAUGGUACUCUCAUCCGCGAACUUGAAGCCUCCCAAUCCGACACCAUCAAUGGCCUCGACAUCUCCUCCGACGGACAACACUUUGUCAUAGGCGGAAGCGACAAGCUCGUCAAGAUCUAUCGCUACGAAGAAGGGUCAGUUGACUAUGUCGGGGUCGGUCACUCAAUGGAUAUCACACAAGUCAAGAUUUCGCCGGAUCAGAAGAACGUGGUGUCAGUUAGUGCGGAUGGUGCGGUGUUUGUAUGGAACUUUCCUCAUGGCGCGUGAUUGGAAAGGUAGUUAGACGGAAAGGUUUGUGGUGCUAGAGGGAUAGAUUCCAUCCUCUGUAAAGGUGCUGAAAGGUUAAAUGGUUGCAAUUUAUACCCUGUCAUUUCACA